AUGGCAGUCGUUCAGCAUAACGCCCAGAUUGAGCGUGGUGGCGCGUUCGCCGAUCGCAUGGCAGUAGUGCGCCAGGGCGUCCUGUCCCCGUCUUCCACGUGGCAAGACUUCAUUCACCUCAUCUCCAAACACAAUACGUUCAGUAUCUGGACUCAAGUGCUUAACAUCCAAAGACCGCAAGCACUCCACAUCGAGGCCAAGCAGAUCCUCAUCAAAAUCAGAAAUGCGAUGCAGAAAGGGUACUCCAAGCUCCUCAUCUACGUCGUUGUGCUUCCAUCCACGAACGCGAGCACAGCUCAGGCAACAAUGAACGUGCAGAUGAUGUCGUUGCUUUAUGCGGGGGAAUGCACGGAGGCAGACUGGAGAAGGCUUUUGACUGACGCGGGCCUCCAGGUUUUGACGGCCGGCCUCACGCCAGGGAACGGAAAUAGCACAUGUGCUCAAUGGUGUCAACACCAGAACCUCGACCAGACGUGCAAGCCUUUGGCAGCCAAGGGGCAAGGCCCCUGUUAUACCUGCGGGCCCGCCCGAAAGGCUGCAACUCAAGAGCUCUGCUCCGGCGCUUGCACGGACACCAGUACGGAUAGCAAGAAUUGCGCUUCGUGUGGGACAGUGUGUCCAGCCGGAUCGACCUGCUCCCAGGGCGUUUGCACUUGCACAAACUCGGGAUUGGGUCUCUGCAACGAAACAUGCCCUUCCUUCGAUUCCGAUAACAAUCACUGUGGGGAAUGUGGCAACGUGGUGCGUUUGAUCCCCUCGCAGCGGAGUUUGCGGUUCCUAGGCACGGAGGCUGACUCGGAGGUUUUGGCUUGUCGCCCGCCGCAACUGAUAGUGUCCUGUAUCUUCGAUAUGGAUCUCCCAUGGGGUGUGGCAGUGGGCGAUUUCAACGGAGAUGGCCAUCUCGAUCUUGCCGUGUCAAAUGCUGGAAAUGAGACCGUGAGUAUCUUGCUCGGGACUGGUUUGGGAAGCUUCCAGGCUCAAAUCGCCUACGCUGCUGGCAGCUUUCCUUUUCAGAUCGCGGUAGGAGAUUUCAACGGUGACGGCAUUCUCGAUCUGGUUUCGGGCACGGCAGCAAAUACUGUCACCCUCUUGCUGGGCACCGGAGAAGGAAGUUUCCAGCCACCGCUGCAGUUUCCCGUGGGGCUUGGACCCGUGGCCAUCGCUGUCGCUGAUUUCAACCAAGAUGGCCAUCUGGAUGUGGUGACGGGGAAUCACGAUGGAAACAGCGUGAGUGUUUUGCUAGGGACAGGCGAAGGGAGCUUCCAGUCUCAGACUCAAUAUGCCGUGGGAAGCACACCCGAUGGUGUGGCUGUCGGUGACUUCAAUCAAGACGGCCAUCUCGAUCUCGUCGUCGGCAACGAGGGCAGCAAUGUGGCGAGUGUCCUGCUGGGCAAUGGCGACGGAAGCUUCCAGCCGCAGACUACAGUUCCGGUCGGAUCUGGCCCAUAUGGUGUGACUGUUGCCGAUUUCAACAAAGAUGGCCGGCCGGAUUUUGCUGUUACAAAUAGCAUGGAUGCCUCAGUGAGCGUCUUGCUCGGUGUGGGAAACGGGACCUUCCAGCCACAGGCUGUGUUCGCCGUGGGGUCCUAUCCGAGGGCUAUUACGACGGGCGAUUUCAACAAAGAUGGUGAGCUUGAUAUCGCGGUGACGAACGAUGGAGGGGCCUCGGUCAGUAUCUUGCUUGGCAUGGGGUUCGGGGGCUUCCUCUCACCUGCGGCCACGUUUGCAGUGGGCAACAACCCGACUGGUAUAGCAGUGGGCGAUUUCAAUGGAGACGGCUACCUUGAUCUCGUCACCACUAAUAUAGUAGACACCACUAUAAGCGUUCUGCUUGGGCGGGCUUGUAACACUUGA